AUUUUAUUCAAUAUCAAAAUUGAAAAUGACAUUUUUUUCUAAAUUUCGAAAAACAUCAGUUUUUGGAAUAGGAACUUUGACUAUUGGUAGUAUUUUAUAUUAUAAUUUUGGACGUAUAUUUUCUAAUAUUGAAUUUAAUGAUUCCGAAAAUAUAAACCUUGAAUCAUCAAAGUGGGAUCAUAAUUGGGAUAGGCGUUACUUUAAAAGUAAAUCAAAAUUAAUAAGUGAUAACACUAAUUUACAAAGUUAUAAUAAAGCACGUGCAAAGAUCGUACGACAUGUAAUACUUAUAAGACAUGGUCAAUAUAACACUCAAGGAAAAACUGAUAAUGAUAGACAUUUGACACACUUAGGAAAAUUACAAGCAGAAAUUACAGGGAUGCGAUUGGCUGAAAUAGCUGUUCCUUACACAACAAUAGUUCGGUCAACUAUGACAAGAGCUCAAGAAACAUCUAAACUCAUCGAAGUACAUUUACCUACUGUACCUGUUAUGGAUGAUUCGUUACUUGUAGAAGGUACUCCAAUUCCACCUGAUCCACCCAGUGGUCAUUGGAAAUCUGAAAAAACAUUUUUUCAAGAUGGACCAAGAAUUGAAGCUGCUUUUCGGAAAUAUUUUCAUCGAUCUGAAUUAUCUGAUGAAAGUGAUACUUAUACAAUAUUAGUUUGUCAUGCAAAUAUUAUUCGAUACUUCAUUUGCAGGGCUUUACAAUUUCCUCCCAAUGGUUGGUUACGUAUGUCAUUAAAUCAUGGAAGCAUUACAUGGAUUACUAUAUUUUCUAGUGGAAGAGUUAUUUUACGCUGUUUUGGUGAUACUGGUCAUAUGUUGCCUGAAUGGAUAACAUCAAAUUAAAAAAUAUUGGUAUCAAUUUCAAAUUCAUCAUAAUUUUAUUAUAUAAUUUAUU